AUGUCGAUGAAAGCUUCGCCCGCAAUCUUGACACCUUUCAACUCCAUCGCCCGCGAGACUACCAAGAAAAGGUUCUUAAGGGCGGAACACGUGGGCAACACAGGUGACAACACCACUCAGGACACUAAUCGCGGUGACGAUUUCAAUGAAGACGCUGAAAUCGGCAAUGCAAACACAAGCGAGAGCGAAGAGCGAGGAGAUACAGCAGCAAUUCAGAAACUUCAGUCUCUCAAGACGUUCGAGAAGUUUAAGCAUUCCAAAACAUUCAAGGCUUUAUCAAGGUCCAUGUCAAAGGCCACGAACACUUUUAGUGAAAAGAUUUCGUCAGCGUUGCCAAUGAAAUCAAAGCUGAAAGUGUGGUCUAACAAUGGGAAAUCAGUCUCGUUCGUCCGGAAAGAGUUAGAGAUGGACAAACUGGACGACGCUCUGUUAACGCAGGCCAAGAAUUUCCAAUUUUACGACGACUACGUGACAUUACAGUUGCCAGUUUGGGCCAAAAACGAGCUUACCCCCAAAGAAGUUAUCGCUGAGCUGGGCCUUCAAGGACUAUCGGGAGCUGCGCUUACGUCCAACCCGAAUUUCAAGUACUACGACGAAUAUUUGGUAAAGCAAGCAUUGGUGUGGGCAAAAAAGGAUCUCGAUGUGGACGAUAUCUUGGUCAGUUUAGACCUGAACAUCAUCCCAGUAGCAGUGCGAUCAAAAGCUGUGAACUUCAAGUAUUACGAAGAAUUCGUGGCUGGUCUAAUGAGAUCAUGGACGGAUAACGACGUGUCUGUUAUUGACGUUAUGAAGAAAUUGAAACUGAACAAGUUGACUGGAGAAACGCUUGAGAAGCAUCCGAACUACAAAUACUACAAGAACUACGUGAAGAAUAACUUGAAGGCCUGGGCAGCCGACCUAAAAUCGUACGAAUUCGUAGUGGCGAAGUUGGGCCUAAGAGGUAAGCGAGGAGAACUGCUCCAGACGCACCCGAACGUGGUUUUCUUGGAAAAACUAAAGAAAAGUGCCGACAGAUAUCGAGAAAAAAUAUGGCUGCAACAAAGCGUCACCUCUUAUGAAGCAUGGAAAAGGCUCGAACUUGAGCGAGUACACGCAAUAACGCGUCCUAAUUCUCCAACGUAUGCUAUGUACGAGCAUUAUGUCAACCUGGUUGACGAUGCCAUGGUUAAACUUAUAGAGAGCGGAGAAAAAAACCUUCCGAAACUGAUCGACACCAAUGCCUCUCCAAAAGAGCUAUCAGUGAAGGCGUAUAUUUGGGCGGAAAAGCAAAGACCAGAGUGGUACGUCAAGUUUUCGUUGGGGUUGGAGAAGUUGGAUGAGACAGCACUGAAAGAUGCCGCGAACUAUGUGUACUACAUGCGCUAUCUAGACGCAAAGAAUUAG